AUGCUCAUCGCCGCAGCCAUCGUCGCGGAUUGGCCAGAGGAAGAGGAAGUACAGGUCUUGUCAGAUCCAGAAGCGCAGGCUGUCUGGUUCCGUGGCAUCAUGACUGACGUCUGUGACGCGUCGAUGCCACGGGUCAGGCCGAAGGGUGGGAGAGGUUCUCUGUACUGGUGGACACCGGAACUCGAGCAACUUCGCACAGCGUGCUCGAGAGCCCGCCGCCAGUUUCAGAGAACCCGAAGACGACGGCGAGCUACAGCCGAGGAGAUCGCUGAAAGGAGACGGGAGUACGGCGCUGCCGCAAAGGCUAUUAGCCUUGCGAUCGCGGAAGCCAAGGCUCGGUCUUGGAAGGAGCUCAUAGAGGGUUUGGACAGGGACCCAUGGGGGCGCCCUUACAAACUUGUACUGGGCAAGCUCAGACCGUGGGUCCCCCCGCUGACGCAGACCCUGGACCCGGAGUUUGUGGGAAGAGUGGUAGAUACCCUCUUCCCAAGGGUCCAGAGUAGUCCCUCACGCCCCCCGUCACCGUCGGAUCCAGUUGCGAGGUCCGACGACUUCGACGUGACAGAGGAAGAGCUAGACCGAGCCGUGAAGCGACUCACCGCCCGCAACACCGCACCGGGCCCUGACGGGAUUCCGGGGCGAGCUUGGGGGUGCGCUUUGGCGGUCUUAGGGAAUAGGCUGAGGCGGCUGUUUACCAGCUGCCUCCGUAAUAGCGUAUUCCCUGCCGGCUGGAAGGAAGCCAGGCUGGUACUUAUCCAGAAACCUGGCAGAGCUGCAGAUUCUCCUUCGGCGUUCCGACCGAUAUGCUUGCUGGACGAGGUGGCGAAACUCUUUGAAAGAGUUAUCGCCUCCCGUAUCAACCAGCACCUGUCGCGAGUAGGCCCCGACUUAUCAGACAACCAAUUUGGCUUCCGACAGAGACGGUCGACGCUGGACGCGAUUGAACGCGUCCGCUCUUUGUCGGAAGAGGUUGUCUGUCGGGGGGGAGUGGCGUUGGCCGUCAGUCUUGACAUAGUCAACGCCUUUAACUCUCUCCCGUGGUGGGCGAUUAGGGAUGCACUGGUGUAUCAUCAGUUGCCACCCUACCUGCGAGACAUUAUCGGGGCUUAUCUCCGCGACAGAUCCAUAUCGUAUAUGGGUCGGGACGGCGAAGAAUGUCGAAGGGAAGUCACAUGCGGGGUUCCCCAGGGAUCGGUCUUAGGACCACUUCUGUGGAACCUCGCGUAUGAUGCCGUUCUGAGGACCAGCCUUCCCCCAGGAUUGAGCGUCGUCUGCUACGCAGAUGAUACUCUAGUACUGGCUGGGGGGCAUGGCUUCCAGGAGGCCCUUGAGCUCGCCGAGAUAGGGGUGGCUUGUGUCGUCCAAAGCAUCAGCGGUCUGGGACUAAGGGUUGCACCUCAUAAGACGGAAGCCUUAUGGUUCCACAGGAAACGCAGAGGUGCAGUUCCCACCCGCUCACUUAUUAGAGUGGGGGGAACAGAGGUCGAGGUUGGCCAACACAUAAAAUACCUUGGCCUCACCCUAGACAGCCGCUGGGGCUUCGGGGAGCAUUUCGAGCGGAUGAUCCUACGAGUUCGUGGGGUGGCGGGCUCCCUACAGAGGCUGUUGCCUAACCUAGGGGGUCCGCGGGAGGAAGUUCGCCGCCUCUAUUGUGCGGUGAUACGAUCCAUGGCCCUCUACGGAGCGCCGAUAUGGGCCAAGCGCCUAUCGGCCUCCUCCCGCUGCCGAGCUAAGCUCAAUCAAGCGCAGCGGAUAGCGGCCAUUCGGAUCGUACGAGGGUACCGCACUAUUUCGUCGGAGGCGGCGACAGUCCUGGCACGUUUCCCGCCCUUUGAUAUCCUGGCGGAUAUGGAUGCGAGGGUCUAUGACCAGACUCGCGCGAUCCGCUGGGGUGAGAGCGGGGAAGGCCAGGACGCGCUCGAAAUGCGGCGGAACGCUCACCAACAUGCACUGGUGCAGUGGCGCGUGCGGCUGGAACAGCCACAGAAUGCACGCCAACGCGCUGUCAGCGCUGUUCUGCCUAACCUCGAAGCCUGGGUAGGUAGGGAGGGAGGUCGCGUCACCUAUCGACUGACGCAGGUACUCACUGGGCAUGGUUGCUUCGGUGAGUACCUGAAUCGUAUCGGACGCGAGGAGACGGCACAAUGCCAGCACUGCGCAGCCGACUGGGACUCCGCCCAGCACACGCUGGAAGACUGCCCCGCGUGGGCGUCUGAACGCGAAGUCCUGGUCGGCCAAAUCGGAAGAGACCUGUCCCCGCCAGCAAUCAUUGCUGCCAUGCUGGCGGGUGAGGAGGGAUGGGGCGCAGUGGUCUCUUUCUGUGAAGCUGUAAUGCUCCAGAAAGAGACCGCUGAACGGGAUCGGGAGAGGGCCGAUCCUGAGCGUAGAGGACGUCGGCGACCAUACCAGCCGCCGACGGGGAAGCGGGCCGCCAGAGAGUGGGGACCUCUGGUCGCUGAUUGA